ACAUUCUUCCCGUCUGUCAUCGCUGCGUGCAAAAUGGACAGGAUCUGGUCACUGGGCGCAAUACUAUAUGGCUGACAUGUUAGAUUUGCUCCCUUGUUAAGAUCUUGGCAUCUCAAACCGUCAAUAUGCCUUACAACAUUGCCAUGGUCAGUGACUUUUUCUUCCCCCAACCAGGCGGGGUUGAAAGUCACAUUUACCAACUGUCCACCAAACUCAUUGACCGGGGACAUAAAGUCAUCAUCAUUACCCAUGCCUAUAAGGGUCGCACGGGUGUCCGUUACCUGACCAACGGCCUCAAAGUUUAUCAUGUUCCAUUUUUAGUCAUAUACCGAGAGACGACGAUGCCCACUGUUUUCUCCUUUUUCCCCAUCUUUCGGAACAUCGUUAUCCGGGAGCAGAUUCAAAUUGUCCAUGGGCAUCAGAGUUUGAGUAGCUUCUGCCACGAGGCUAUACUGCACGCCCGGACAAUGGGCCUACGGACUGCAUUUACUGAUCAUUCGUUGUUUGGCUUCGCCGACGCCGGGUCCAUUCUGACCAACAAAUUGCUGAAGUUUACCCUUAGUGAUGUUGACCAUGUUAUAUGUGUCAGCCAUACUUGCAAGGAGAAUACCGUUCUCCGGGCCUCGUUGGACCCAUUAAUGGUCUCCGUUAUCCCCAACGCUGUUGUCGCGGAAAAUUUCCGGCCACUGCAUGCUACGGCCCGGGCGAAUGAGCGGCAGUCUGGCGGGGGAUCACAGAUACAGCCUCCUCCCAGGCCUAUUGGACCGAACGACAUCAUUACCAUUGUUGUGAUAUCGCGUCUCUUCUACAAUAAGGGCACUGAUCUCCUAAUAGCUGCCAUUCCAAGAAUUCUUGCAUCCCAUCCGAACGUACGGUUCAUCAUUGCGGGCUCAGGUCCCAAGGCCAUCGACCUGGAGCAGAUGCUGGAACGGAAUGUUCUCCAAGACAAAGUAGAAAUGCUUGGGGCUAUACGACAUGAAGAAGUUCGGGAUGUCAUGGUCAGAGGUCACAUUUAUCUGCAUCCUAGUUUGACUGAGGCCUUUGGAACGGUCAUUGUAGAAGCCGCUAGCUGUGGGCUAUACGUGGUGUGCACUCGUGUCGGUGGCAUUCCCGAGGUGCUUCCCCAGCACAUGACAACCUUUGCAAAACCGGAAGAGGACGACAUUGUGCUAGCUACCAGCAAAGCAAUCAGUGCAUUGCGAUCCAACAAGGUCCGGACGGAACGAUUCCAUGAUCAGGUAAAGGUCAUGUAUUCAUGGACGGAUGUAGCGCGUCGAACAGAGCGGGUAUACAAGGGCAUAUCUGGGGACAUCAGCCCACAAGAGUUCUAUGGGUACUACCCGGGAGAGAUCCAGGAAGCCGGCGAUAGAGUUCGCAAUUUUGCCUUGAUUGACCGAUUGAAGCGGUAUUAUGGCUGUGGAGUCUGGGCCGGAAAGCUGUUCUGCCUCUGCGUCGUGAUUGACUUUCUACUCUACACGUUCCUUGAAAUGUGGUUUCCACGAGCAAAUAUUGACAUCGCGCGAAGCUGGCCAAAGAAGCUGAACGGAAUUGACGGGGAUACUGCGAAGCCCGAAAAAGAGCGCUCCGGUUGAAUUCUUGUUUUCCCAUUUUACAUUUGUUUUCCUACAGUCCGGUCACGAUGAUACCCAUUAUAAUUGUUUCACGUUAUUGUACAUUCUGGUGCUAAUACCACA